AUGUCGUUACCCAUAGAACCUCUGCCGUCCUUAUACAGCAGACCUGAAGCAGAGCCUCAGUACGUGGAGCCAGAGGCGGGGCAGGUGGAGCAGAGCGUCGCAUCGCUGAGGAAAUGGGCCGAACCGUACACCAACCAGUGUCAGCAAACGAGCCAGGCUGCAAUGGAGAGAGUUGAGAAAGUAUACCGUACCGUGGAGCCCACGAUCAACACGUCCGUAACGACAGUCACAGGUGCAUACCAGUUCCUCAGUGACCCUCCUCCCGACCUCUACCCCAGUGUAGCGGUGGUGGGCUUCACUGGCUUCCUUGGACUUUAUUUGGCCAAAGGCUCCAAGGUGAAGCGACUGGUAUUUCCAGUUGGACUGAUGGCUCUGAGCGCCUCCAUGUUUUACCCUCAGCAGGCUGCAUCCUUACUCAAGGUGAGUCGUGACACGGUGUACACCUGGGCUCAGCAGGGCCGCGUCGCCAUGGAGACGCUUUGGAAAGAGCCGCCGUUUGGUAAACUGAAGAAAGAGACGACAGAGAGCAACGACACGACCAGCUGAGACAGCAAGAAGACACACACACACACGCCUCUCCAUCCCAGUAACACACACUCACGCCAGUAGAUUAACUCCCAGAGCCUCACGUCAGGGCCUGUAAGCUGCAGUAUUUAAGUUUAUAUCCCAGAACUCCCUCCUGUUUCCUCUUAAGUCAUUCCUGAACGCCAACACCUGUUCCAAGAAGCAGGUUUACACAUUUUUCUUUUCAGUUCAUAUUCCAGGUUUGUGAAUCUGCUUCUUGGAAGAGUCCCUCAGCUCUUCCUCCUGUUAUCAUUCCUAAUCUCUCCUUCAGUGACCUCAGCUCUUCCAGUUUCUGAUUUGUUUAACAAAACAGGGUUAGGGUGUCAAGUGUCUGCAGUGUUAUCGACAACACAUCCACAAUGUGUGCCACCACCAACACCGCCCCGCAGACAGGCACAGAGACACAUGGAACUGUUGAAAAAACAUCAACAAAGGAGCUGAACGAUUAGUUGAUUCACAGAAAAUCACUCAACUAUUUUGAUAAUAAUAAUAUUGGUGACUCCAGCUUCCCAAAUCUGAGUUAUUGCUGCAGUUGCUUGUUUUACUUUGUAAUAAACUGAAUAUCUUUGGGUUUUAAGCUGUUAGAAGACAUCACCUUGUGUUCUGGGAGCGAUAUGGACAUUUUGUUUUCUCAUCUUUUAUGGACCAAUUAUUUAAUGAACCCCUAAAAGGAGCAGGACCAAUGUUAGAAAACACAAAUGGAAGGAAUUUUCCUCUUCUGAACUCCACUACUGAGGUUAUUUAUGUUUUUUAGUGUUAUUUGUGUUAGUAGACUAUCUUAAAAACAUUUUUGGUGCACAUCCGUCCUUUUUAAAGCAACACAUUUGGAGGAUUGUGCAGCCUUGUGUGCUUUCUGAGCGCUUAGACCAACACACGGUACAUCCUGAUAUCAACUCCUGUUUACUUUAAAGGAGUAGUUCAACAUUUUGGGAAAAACACACUUUUCUUUUCAGGUUCCUGCUGAGGGUUAGAUGAGAGGAUCAAUAACACACUCACAUCCGUACGAUAAAUGUAAAGGUGGAGUCAGCUGCUGGUUAGCUUAGCAUAAUGAAUGGAAACAGGGGAAGCAGAUAGUUGAAAAACAACACAAUGUUGUGGUUUUACAGCUGUUGUGUGGUGGAUUAUUUAUUUUCUUGACCAGCAACUUCCUUCAACUUUCGACUUUAUUUUGUCCUCUGAGGACAAUUGGAUUUUCCAGCAAUGCAUAGUACAAUACAUCAAGAACACAAACAUAAAUACAGGCCUAACAACAGUGGUUGCUGGUCCAACCUUCACUGGGUACAAAGCCACUGCAGCAACAACAUCUAAAACCAAGUGGCAACCUAACCUGCUGCUAGCUGUUUCUAUAUAUUCAAAGUGCAUCUAUCUUUUCAUCUAACUCUGAGACAAAAAGCAAAUAUUCAUCUUUCCCUCCAGCCUUUCCUCUGCAUUAUGAAGCCACAGUAAACUCCUCCAGGAGAGCUGGGGUCAGUCCUGUGAUAUCUUUGGUGUAGGACGUGUUCAGUGUGUUCACAGUGUUAAUAUUUAUUUCAGCAUUAAUACUGCUAUGCUACAGUAAAGGGCCAAAUAAUGUGUGUACUCUAGCUUGAUUUACUAAUGAAUGAGCUGAACGUGUUAUUGUCCGUGUCUGAUAAUGCACUGUAUAUACUGUAUGAGGUUUUAUUGUAAUUUAAUUAAACCUGGCAUCCGACUGAG